GUCUACUGUAGCCUACACCAAGCGUGUUCCGAUCCUGUGUUUCUUUUGUGAAUGAACAAAUCUUUUAAAUGAACAAAUCAUUCAUUUUCGUUUACUUUCGUACUCAUAUUUUUCUUUAACUAAAAUCUCUCUCAUUUGAAUCUCGUUACAAUUUAGCACGGGGAAUGGUGAUUCAUUGGUUCGAACUACUGAACGAAUAGUAGGCUUCUUUUGUUGUCUUUUUCCUAUAGCUUGAAAAAACUUUUAAAAAAAUAGGGAAAAUGUGUAGACGUGUGUAAAAAACGCUUAUAUGCCUAUUGCUUAACCUCAGUAGACUCUUUUAGUAGACACGUGAAUAAAAGAUAAGACUUGAUUCAGUCAAGAAUCGGUUGAGUGAGUGAUUUAGUGAUUCAUAACACACCAAAAGACUGCCUCCUACUGGCGUAAUGAUGUAUAAUGAAGAAAAGACCACCGAAGGAAUCAGUCAAAGAAUCUUUUUAGGAUUUAAAGGAUUCUCAGUGGAAUGAAUAAAAUCCCCACAGCUGAUACCUAGAUAGGCUGCUCAGCUCAUUACCUUUUGACGUCUCUCUCUCUCUCUCUCUCUCUCUCUCUCUCUCUCUCUCUCUCUCUCUCUCUCUCUCUCUCUCUCUCUCCCUUCUUCCCUUUUUUGUCACUACUCCUCAGCUGCAUCAUUCAAUCACGCACUGCCAAGGAUUCACACUUGCCACGAAUAAACGGCGCCUUUCAAGUUUAGCUUAACGUUUCCACCACUUUCGAUUCUUUUAACUCGCUCCAAUAACACAGUGAGAUUGUUUGAAGGACUGUGGUGACACCAACGGUGCUCUUCAUCAAAUAUCUAUAACAUAAGCUGUCUCAAGAAUGAUUUCACAUCAAGACCACAACAUUAUUACUGACUGGUGCGGCACCAGCUAUACUUGGAUAGCGAGAUGGGGAAUGAUAACAAUCUUGCGCUUGCCUGCCUACUGUUACCUGCUAACCCAAAAGGUGUAUCUUGAGGUCUUAUUUCCUGAACCAUGUGUCAUUUUACCUGAUAACCCUGCUUUUUACGAUGGUCUCUGUCUCAGUGCCACUGGAGAAAGUGAUGCGGUUAUGAAUCCAGCAGAAUGUUAAUGGACAUGAAGAACUUUGUCCAGUACACGCUUGUCCUUCAUUUUUGAACUGUAUCUGCAAACAAGAGCAACAUAUGGUUUUCAUGUGACUAAAGCCCAUUGUGGUGACGUUUAUGUGUGUGUUUUGAAAGUGAGUGUGUGAGAAAGAUUUUUCGUGUGUCUGUGUUAGUGGCUGUGCAUGUUUGCCUGUUCUUGUAAUUUCCUGCUGGUGAUCAAGUCAUGCCACGUGGAAGAGAUGUCAGCAACAGCUGUUGCCUCCCACUGCACCUGAAUGAAGACAAUGCCCGUUUUGGCUUGUUGGCAGCCCUCAUCCUCCUCUACCUGCUGUGUGGGGCGGUGGUGUUCUCCGCUCUCGAGCAUCCCUCAGAGCUGCAGGCUCACAAGCGCUGGGAGGAACAGUUGGCCAACUUCACAGAGCAAAACAGCAUAAACCUCAAAUCACUGGAGGUCCUGCUAAGGCAAUAUGAGGAGGCCUUUGUGGCUGGGAUCCGUGUGGACAAACUUAGGCCCCGCUGGGAUUUCUCAGGGGCCUUCUACUUUGUUGGUACAGUGAUCUCCACUAUUGGCUUUGGCAUGACCACACCCGUCACCGUUGCGGGUAAGAUCUUUUUAAUAUUCUAUGGACUCCUUGGCUGUGCAGCAACAAUCCUCUUCUUCAACCUCUUCCUGGAGCGCAUCAUCACGAUGUUGGCCUACAUCAUGCGCUGGUGUCACGAGCGGCAACUGCGCCGCUCCGGCGUGGGAGGAGAGGAGGCCAGGAGCGAGGAUGACAGUCUGGAAGGCUGGAAACCAUCGGUCUACUACGUAAUGCUCAUUCUGGGCAUCGCAGCCCUGCUGAUUGCAUGCUGCGCCUCUGCGUUGUACUCUGCCAUGGAGGACUGGGACUACUUUGAGUCCUUGUACUUCUGCUUUGUGGCCUUCAGCACCAUUGGCUUCGGGGAUGUAGUGAGCAGCCAACGGGAAAGUUAUAAAGCUCAGGAGGCCUACCGUCUUGGGAACUGCCUCUUCAUCCUCAUGGGUGUGUGUUGCAUUUAUUCCCUGUUUAAUGUCAUUUCCAUCAUCAUCAAGCAGACGCUCAACUGGAUCCUCGGCAAACUGGACUGCAACAAGGCUCAGUGUCCCUGCCGUGGCCGUCCGUAUAGGCGGCGAGGUCGGGCCUGCUGUUGCUGCUGCUUCCCACGUCUUCCCAACCAGCGGCACAACCACCACCCUCCGCCGGGAAAUUCUCGGCAGAGGGCUCAAAAACGCAAUGCCGUGCAUCCUGCACCAGCUAACGAAGCAUCGGGAAAGCGCUUCACUAAUGCAUCAGUGGAAACAGUUUGUGAUAGUGAGACUGAUGCUGGCUUAGGACCAGAUGGAGGUUAUCUGACAGGGCGCAGACUGUCUGGAGAAAUGAUCUCAGUCAAUGACUUUAUGGCCAACAAGGUUUCUUUGGCCAUUCUACAGAAGCAACUCUCAGAGACCGCUCACGGUAAUCCAAGACAGAGCCAUGUUCGCCAGAACGGCUUCUCCGGUGGAGUGGGCGCAUUUGCCAUCAUGAAUAACCGCCUUCAGGAGACAAGUGUCGACAGGUAGCUUGGUUAUACAAAGAUGAUGUUGGAUAUUGCACAUUAAUUGUAUAUAAAGAUAUAAAGGAUUUAAUCAAGACUUUCAGUUCAGGGUUGAGUACCAUUCAGAACUGAAUUGAGAAUGGCUUUAAAAUUCAAAAUUGUAAUUCAAAUGAUUCAAAGAAAUUGAUAAUGUUAAUUUAUAUGACUAUUUUUUAACUACAAAAGCAUAGUUUAGGUUUCUUCAAGGCUUAGUUCACCCAAAAAUAAAAAUUCUGUUAUUUACUCACCCUCAUGUCAUUGCAACGGCCUUAUGUCUCCCACGAGAUGAUGAGGAUUAAUCUAGUCGAAUGUUUUUUCAACCACAUAAGACUUCCGUUCAUCUUCGAAAUAUAGAUAGAUAGAUAAUUUUUUUUAAAUGCCAUCUAUAUUGUAAUCAAAAGGUAUUUAAUGUAUAUAUUUCAGCAUAUUUAGUAAAAGUACUGAGUACCAUUUCCCAAAAUUAAUUUGCUAAGUUGAAUUUGUUUGAACUCCAAUUCAAUAAAAUUCUUCUUUCUGUCAUUUAAAAUCAAAUUCCAAUUCAACUUCCUGUGGAAUUUUGGAUAAUUCAAUUAUAAUUCACGCUCACUGACUAAAGGACAGACAAUUUUUCAGUUCUGAAUAAUUCCCAACCCUGAUUCCUUUCUGUUCACUGGGGAUUAAGUUAUCAGAGGUUUAGUAUUUAUUGCAUGCAAUUAAAGAGGUAAAUUGUACAUUUACACUUGUAAUAUACAGUACAGACAAACAGCAAAUUAUAUUAAAUUAAAAUAGCCAAUUACCUCUGUAGAUCACAAGGAUGGUGAAUAUUAGCAUUUAUGAAUGGCUUCGUUCUUAAGAGGAGACGGCUUUCAAUAUUUUUUAAAUCAUUAUAAACAAACCAUGUGAUUUUAAUGGUAACAUCACUUCUCAGUGUCACUUUGAUGCUGAAGUGAUUGGCCGGUGUGGUGAGCAAUCACACUGUUCUUCUGGAGAGAUACUUUAACUGCUCUUCACGAAAACAGACUGAUUUUCAAGAGCCAGGCAGAUGAAGCCACGACACUUACAGAGAGACAGUCCCCGGAGGAAGAAAUACAAGUGUCGAAUCAAAGGGAGAUGGUCAGUUUUAUUCAUUGUUUAAUCGUUUUUAUCUUGCGGCCGUCAGUGUUGAAAGAUCAUUUGUUUCUUGAGACAAUCAACACUGACGGCCAAAAAUGAAACGAAUGAUCUAAAAUGAAUACAAAUACAGUGUUGGGGGUAAUGCAUUACAAGUAACUUGAGUUAUGUAAUCAGAUUACUUUUUUCAAGUAACUAGUAAAGUAACACAUUACUUUUAAAUUUACAACAAAA